AUAAAACAAAUUUUAAGGGCAUUUAAAGCAGUCCGCCUGUAAAAUAAUUUUCUCAUAAAAUAAUAGUUGGAGUAAGACAAACAAGUCCGCUGCUGCACCUGGUAAUUCCUAAUAUAAGCUUUUCCUCACGCGUACAAUUCCCAUCUCAGCCCUGUCACCACUAAAACCCAAAACCCUAACUACUUCUUAACUCUGCUCCUCACUAGUGAACGGUCCUGCUGGGGAGACGCUCGGAGACUGACUCCGAGGAACUCGAGAUCUUGACUAAAUCAGAUUCGAGUUUUGAAAUUUUGUUUAUUUUCUUUCCUAGUAUUACAGCACUGGCACACUUGUGAGCUGCAAUUUUAUUCUUCUUGGACAUCUCAGGAUCAUGUGGGUACAGCAUUGCGCAGCAAGCUGCUCUUUUCCACAGCAUUAAGUCAUUAUUUAUGAACAAACCACUGAUUCUUGUCUGCAACAAGACAGAUCUGCAGCCACUGGAUGGGUUAUCUGAGGAAGACACGAAGUUGGUCAUGGAGAUGAAAGCAGAAGCCUUGAAGACUGUGAUGGUUCAGGGUGGCAAACCUGCAAAUGCAGAAGGGGUCCUGUUGACUAUGAGCAUUUUGACUGAGGAUGGAGUAAUUGCUGUGAAGAAUGCAGCUUGUGAGAGGUUGUUGGAUCAGAGGGUAGAAUUGAAGAUGAAAUCUAAAAGGAUAAAUGACUGUCUAAAUAGGUUUCAUGUUGCAAUACAAAAGCCACGUGACCAGAAGGAAAGGCCUACUUGCAUUCCUCAGGCAGUUUUGGAAGCUAAAGCUAAGCAAGCAGCAGAGAAGGAAAAGAGGAAAACAGAAAAGGAUUUGGAGAAUGAGAAUGGUGGGGCUAGAGUCUACUCUGCUAGUUUGAGGAAGAAUUAUAUCUUGGCUAAUGAUGAGUGGAAAAAAGAUAUAAUGCCUGAAAUUCUUGAUGGACACAAUGUGUAUGACUUUGUUGAUCCUGAUAUUUUAUUAAGGCUUGAAGAGUUGGAACGAGAAGAGGGUCUUAGACAAGCAGAGGAGGGAGAUGAAGACUUUGAGAUGGAUGGAAAUGAUUUGACUCCAGAAGAGCCAAAGGCACAAGGUGAGAUUCGAAAGAAGAAAAGCUUGCUUAUUCAACAGCAUAGGAUUAAGAAGAGUACUGCAGAGAGUAGGCCCAUUAUACGAGGAAAGUUGACAAGGACGGGGAGUUCACAACAGAGAGGAUGGGCAGGCAAUUAUCCCAAUUGGGGCUGGAUCCUUCUUUAGCAGUUGAUCGUGCACGGAGCAAAUCAAGAGGGAGAGGUCACUUGACAGGAGAGAUAGUGACGGUGAGGCUAUGGAUAUGGAUGUUGACCAACCGACCAAAAUGCUACGCUUAAGGUCUAGAUCCCAACCGAGAUCAAAGUCACGGCCUCCAAGUGAAAUUGUCCCAGGUGAGGGAUUUAAGGCAUCUAAACAAAAGGCCAAGGCAAUCAAAUUGGGAAAUUAAU